AUGAAGCUGCUGCUGCUGCUGCUGCUGGGUUUGGAGCUGACUCUAGUCUGUGUCCACACAGAAGGACAAACUGGUGCCAUCAGAAAGAGCUUUACUCCAGAAAAGAUUGAGGGAGUAUGGUAUUCUGUUGGCUUGGCCUCUGACAAAAGAGAAAUAAUAGAAGAACAUGGCAGCAUGAGAAUCUUCGUGGAGCACAUCCAUGUCUUCAAGAAUUCUUCCUUAGCUUUUCAUUUCCAUACUGUGAUAAAUGGGGAGUGCACCGAGCUGUAUUUAGUUUCUGACAAAACAGAAAAGGAUGGUGAAUAUUAUGUCAAAUAUGAUGGAGACAACAUCUUUAAUGUACUUGCUACAGACUAUGAUGGUUAUAUUAUAUUUCAUCUCAGAAAUAUCAACAAUGGGGAAACGUUCCAGAUGAUGGAACUCUAUGGCCGUAAACCAGAGUUGAGUUCAAACAUCAAGGAAAAGUUUGUGGAUCUAUGCAAGAAGCAUGGAAUUAUUGAGGAAAAUAUAUUGGACCUAACUGGGGUUGAUCGCUGUCUCCAGGCCCGAAAUGGAGGAGAGGCCUGAGCCUCCAGUGUUGAAUGGGGACUCCUCGCCUGGACUCCAGCAUCAUCCCUUCCUGUGCACACACCAGCCUGUGACAAAUUCUGUGAUCUGAUUUCCAUCGCUGUCCUCCAGAAAGUGUAAUCCCUGCAUCCCCAGAAUCUUCCCUGAUUACCUAGGACAACUCAUCUAGAAUCAAAGGUUUUCCUUUAAGUUUCUCUUUGCCACACCCAUGACAACUCCAUGAAUGUUUUCCUUUCCCUGUCCAAUAAAUGAAAACA